CACUUCAGUGUACAAUUAGGCGGAGGCUUGAAGACACGUCAAGCAGUCCGUUUAUAAAUAACAGGAAAAGAUUUUAAAUAUAUAAACACUUAAUAAAAAUGCAAAUCGUAUAGCGCGUUGUCUUUAUCAUAUUUAAAAAAAAAUUAAAAAUAAAAUGAAUUGUGUUUCGAUCAAUGUUUUCGUGACUGUAGGAAUAUCUUUGCUUCUGUUUGCAAACGCUCAAUCUCCUUGUCCUGAUAUUUUUGAGUACAAAAAUGAUGAUAAUGGUGUAUACGGACUGUUAACAUUGAAACCCAAUGGCCGAAAAUCAACAAUAACAGUUAGAACAAAUUUUACGAUCACAGCGAAGUUAGCUUCAGAAUACGUUGGUAACAUCCGACCUUAUGGUGGUGCCAAUGCGAUCACGGAAUACAACAAAGGCCAAACAAUACAGUACAGAGUUAACCUGCCAGUCAGCUCUCCACUUCCCAAAAUAACAGCCAUAUAUAUAAAUGAAGAUCUUGUAUGUUCUGAUAACCCAGAUACAUUGGAAACGAGUAAUUACGUUACAACUAUAUCUCUUCAGCACACUCUGUAUGCGAGCUCCGGAACUAAAAUUAUUUAUGGAAAUACAAGACCAUCGACAUACACGCCUAUCAAAUAUAACAUACAGAAUGACCGAGUUGUAUAUAAUAUACCAUCACCGUUUGACGGGACAACAGGAACGUAUCACAUUUUCGACGGACCAAUAAGAAAUUCAAUUAAUUUUUCAUCGAACUUUUUUGAUAAUGUUGGCUUAUUUGGUACCGGUCCUUCAACAGCUGUUCAGCCAAAACCAGAGACACCUGUACGACGAAAGCCGCCGCCCCCUCGACCACCAGUACAAAACCCGGUUCGCGAUUCUGGAACCUCGUCUCGUGUUUCUGAUGGAGAGAACUCUUCUAAUAUACAAUGCGGGCAAGGCAAAAUUGGUGUGCCACUGAUCUGGCACGGACAAACGUACCCGCGUGGCGAGUGGCCCUGGCUCGUCGCCCUCUACCAGACCGUUGCACGGACGCUAACUUUUGUGUGCUCGGGCACUCUGAUAUCUGACCGACAUGUCCUCACAGCUGCCCAUUGCAUGACUAAUAAGCAGGCGACAGACAUGAUCGUGAAGAUAGGCGUUUACAACUUGGACGAAUGGGGCGGCGACGUUGAAAUGCGAAAACUCCAAGCGGCGGAUGUGCACGAAAAUUACGACAAAGUUAAAUUUUCAAAUGAUAUUUCACUACUCACAUUGGAGAAGUCAGUAGAAUUUAACAGUAACAUCAAACCAGCGUGCUUGUGGGGCACUGACGAUAAUCUAGACCGUAUCGCUGGACACACUGGAGUGGUUACCGGUUGGGGAGACAAUGAAUCGGGCAAAGGUGGGCACGGCGAUCCCAGAAUGAUCCGAUUGCCUAUUGUCACGAACAGGGAGUGUCGUGCGACUAGAUCUGAAUUCCACAAGCUUACUUCUGACACAACUUUAUGUGCAGGUAAUCGCGAUGGUUCAGGCCCAUGUGCGGGUGACUCAGGUGGUGGACUGUUUGUCCUGGACGACGGCCGAUGGAGAGUCCGUGGUAUAGUCUCUCUUGCUAUAUCAGCCAAAUCAGCCGAAAAGCCAUGCAACCUCGACGAAUAUGUCAUCUUCACAGACGUAGCUAAAUACAGAUCGUGGAUAAAGAGACACAUGGCAUUUUCGUAAUAAAAUAACACGUAAUACAAUUACUGCAUUUUCUAUAAUUUAAGGACAAUGUUUUUUUUUAUUAAAGUAAUAUAGAAAUAUAAGUUUCAACAUUAAUUUUUUGUGAAAAAUGACGAUGUUUUUUGUCUUCCGAGUAAGCUUUAAUUUUAAGAAAAAUAAUGAAAAUAAAGUUUUAUUUUUAAAAACA